UCCGCCACUUGCUAUUUUGACCCUCCCCGUCCCUUUUCUUUAAGAAAUCAAAUCCGCCGCUGCUCCUCUCUCCUGCUCGCUAUCCCUAGCGCUGUCCCUCCCUUCCCUGCCCGACACUCCCGCGCCGUGGACGGAGGGUUUGGGCUUUUGGCGGAGCGGGAGCGGAGACGGGCGGGGCGAGCCGGCUCGUCUCCUGAUGCGCGGGUAGGAUCAGGCGCGCGGAUCCGGCCGGUGCUAGCCCUCUCGGGAGGCUGCCCGCUCGUCUCUCCUGCGAGCGUGGGAGGAGGCGCGGCGGCGGCGGAGGCGGAGGCAUGAGCUUCGGGAGCCUGUUCGACGGCGGGGCGGGCGGAGGCAGCGGCGGCGGGAUGCAGUUCCCGUUCUCCGCCGGGUUCUCGUCCUCGCCGGGGCUCUCCCUCGGCCUGGACAACAACGCCGCCGCCGGCGGCGGCAUGGGCGGCGGGCGGGCGCUUCCCGGUGGCCCCGGCGCGGGCGGCGGGAGUGGGGCGGCGAGGGACGCGGACGCCGAGAACGACAGCCGCUCGGGGAGCGACCACCUCGACGCCAUGUCCGGCGGCGGGGAGGACGAGGACGACGCCGAGCCCGGCAACCCGCGCAAGCGCAAGAAGCGCUACCACCGCCACACGCCGCAGCAGAUCCAGGAGCUCGAGGCGCUCUUCAAGGAGUGCCCUCACCCGGACGAGAAGCAGCGCGGCGAGCUCAGCAGGAGGCUCGGCCUCGACCCGCGCCAGGUCAAGUUCUGGUUCCAGAACCGCCGCACGCAGAUGAAGACGCAACUGGAGCGGCACGAGAACGCGCUGCUCAAGCAGGAGAACGACAAGCUGCGCGCCGAGAACAUGACGAUCCGGGAGGCCAUGCACAGCCCGAUGUGCGGCAGCUGCGGGAGCCCCGCCAUGCUCGGGGAGGUGUCCCUUGAGGAGCAGCACCUGUGCAUCGAGAACGCGAGGCUCAAGGACGAGCUCAACCGCGUCUACGCCCUCGCCACCAAGUUCCUCGGCAAGCCCAUGUCCAUGCUCGCGGGGCCUCUGAUGCAGCCACACCUGUCGUCCUUGCCCAUGCCGAGCUCGUCACUGGAGCUCGCAAUCGGCGACUUCCGUGGCCUAGGGUCUAUGCCCUCUGCUACGAUGCCUGGUUCCAUGGGCGAAUUCGCUGGGGGCGUGUCUAGCCCAUUGGGCACGGUGAUUACACCAGCGCGGGCAACUGGAUCUGCUCCACUGGCUAUGGUGCGCAUUGACGACAGGUCCAUGCUGUUGGAGCUUGCGAUCAACGCGAUGGAUGAACUAGUCAAGCUGGCACAGAUUGACGAGCCUUUGUGGCUUCCGAGCCUCAAUGGUUCUCCCAACAAGGAGAUGCUGAACUUUGAGGAGUAUGCCCACACCUUCCUGCCGUGCAUUGGCGUGAAGCCCAUGGGGUAUGUAUCUGAGGCCUCCAGAGAGUCUGGCCUCGUCAUCAUCGACGACAGUGUUGCCCUUGUUGAGACCCUCAUGGAUGAGAGACGGUGGUCUGACAUGUUCUCGUGCAUGAUUGCUAAGGCCACAGUCAUAGAGGAGGUGACCUCCGGCAUUGCAGGAAGUAGAAAUGGUGCGCUGCUGGUGAUGAAGGCUGAGCUACAGGUGCUCUCACCUUUAGUCCCCAUUAGGGAGGUCACAUUUCUCAGGUUUUGUAAGCAGCUGGCUGAGGGUGCAUGGGCAGUAGUGGAUGUGUCUAUUGAUGGAUUGCUGAGAGAUCAGAACUCGGCAACAACAUCCAACGCUGCAAAUGUAAGGUGCAUGAGGUUACCUUCUGGAUGUGUGAUGCAAGACACUCCCAAUGGCUUCUGUAAGGUCACAUGGGUCGAGCAUACGGAAUACGAUGAGGCAUCAGUACACCAGCUCUAUAGACCACUUCUCCGGUCCGGGCUGGCCUUUGGAGCCAGGCGGUGGCUUGCGAUGCUGCAGCGUCAGUGUGAAUGCCUGGCCAUACUCAUGUCCCCUGAUACAGUUUCAGCUAAUGACUCGUCAGUUAUAACACAAGAGGGCAAGCGAAGCAUGCUGAAGCUGGCACGGCGGAUGACAGAGAACUUCUGCGCUGGGGUCAGCGCGUCAUCUGCGCGUGAAUGGAGCAAGCUGGACGGUGCGACAGGCAGCAUUGAGGAGGAUGUGCGUGUCAUGGCACGAAAGAGCGUGGAUGAACCUGGGGAACCGCCGGGCGUGGUGCUGAGCGCUGCCACAUCGGUGUGGGUGCCCGUGGCCCCGGAGAAGCUGUUCAACUUCCUCCGUGAUGAGCAGCUGCGUGCUGAGUGGGAUAUCCUCAGCAAUGGAGGCCCAAUGCAGGAGAUGGCUAACAUUGCCAAGGGGCAGGAGCACGGGAACUCAGUGUCCCUCCUCAGGGCCAGUGCCAUGAGUGCCAACCAGAGCAGCAUGUUGAUCCUCCAGGAGACCUGCACUGAUGCGUCGGGCUCCAUGGUGGUGUACGCUCCGGUGGACAUCCCGGCCAUGCAGCUCGUCAUGAACGGCGGGGACUCAACCUACGUUGCUCUGCUGCCGUCUGGGUUCGCCAUCCUGCCCGAUGGUCCCAGCGCCACCACGGGGCACAAGACAGGAGGCUCCUUGCUCACCGUGGCGUUCCAGAUCCUCGUCAACAGCCAGCCGACCGCCAAGCUCACCGUGGAAUCAGUAGUGACCGUGAACAACCUCAUCUCAUGCACCAUCAAGAAGAUCAAAACUGCGCUGCAGUGCGACGCCACCUGACCCGCCACAGGGGAUGUCGCCGCAGGGGGAUUCGCCGUCGACGAGGAGCCCGAGUCAAGAACGAACCGCGCGCUGGAAAGAAACCUUUGCUGGGUGAUAAGGAUCUGGCUUCGGCGAUCCUUAGCACAGAGCAAUGGUGGUGGUUCGGGCAUUGACUCGGCCUCUACAGUCUGCGGCUGUCCUCCCUGGCAACCGGUAGUUGGAUACAGUGCCAUGCAUACUGGACAAUAUGGUAGAUGGCUAAUCUUAUGCUUCAGUCCCAUGGUUUCAGGGACCAAUCAAACAUUGAGUUUUUUUGGCUGGCUCUUUGUUAGUUAUAAUACUAUUCUCAGUUGUGAGGUGAGCUAUGUCACAUCUGUAAACUUGCAAGCUCAGAAAUGUUGGGUUGCUGUAGUGGUGUCCUGCAUAGAGGUUAUGGUAGCACAAGUGUAGCUAGCAUCAAACUACCAGCCAAUAAUAAUGUCUGGUCGAUAAAGUGGAGUAGGGGUUUAUCUUGAAAUGCUUGUUUAAUUAUAUAUAGGUUAAAAUGCAUGCUGAGAUACAUGUAGAGUUACACUGCUC